AUGGCGCGAUUGAGCAAUCCGUUCGAGUUUGGGACCGAGAUUUGGGACCCCAGCCAUCGAUUCGAGACAUCGUGGAUUUUACCACCAUGGGUUCUGUUUGCUUGUAGAGCAUUAAUUUCACUAUAUGCCUUUGUGGUUAUAUUUUUCAUAAUUGGUUGGGAGGCCGCUGAGCAUGAUGAUCUGAACAUACAUGAUGUUCACAAAUCCUUCUCCUACUUCACUGUACUCUGUUACUGGGGAAUUGCUUUUUACUUCCUAAUCGCGUCGGUCCAUACCUUCUCCUACGCUCUCAAUGGGGGAACGCCUCUUCUCAAUCGAUUUCCAAGACCCCUCCAAACUCUACAUUAUCUCUUCUGGUCAAGCAUAACCACAUACCCAUUUCUCGUAUCGAUCGUGUUCUGGGGCGUGCUCUACGACGGUCCAUUUGCAACAACAUUCGGUCUCUGGUCCAAUAUCUCCCAACAUGGGUUGAAUACCGCAUUUGCUCUCUUCGAGAUAAUUUUCACGCGGAUCAAUCCUGCGCCAUGGAUCCAUGUAUUCUUCCUCUGUGUUAUUCUGGCCUGCUACUUGGGACUUGCAUACGUCACUUAUGCAACCAAACACUUUUACACAUACUCGUUCCUCAACCCAGCACCGAGACUCGAAGAUGAAAACGGCGACAACAUUGGUGGAGUGGGUAAAGGCACUGUAGCCGGAUACGUGUUUGGAAUUGCUGUAGCAAUUAUUAUCAUCUUCUGUAUUGCAAAGUGUCUGGUGUGGCUACGAAAAUUCAUUACUGAGAAGAAGCUGGGUCGUGAAGGCAAGUUCUACCAAGGACGACGUAUGGGCCAGGGCGAGGUUGAGUUGGAGACUGUGAGGAUCUGGGAGAAGUGA